AAUUCUUCAAAAUCACACUAAUCUAUACUCAUUUUCAACCAUGGCGGCCAACGGCAUUUUCACUAUUAUGCUCACGGUGACACUGAUCCUAACUUGGUCUGGUUUCGCCACAUCCGCCACCCGUUGCCCGGACUGUGGGGCAACCCAAGUCCCAUACCCUCUAAGCACCGGACCUAGUUGUGGCGACCAGCUGUACAAGGUCCGGUGUGAUGCAUCAGCAGGUGCACUCUACUUCAACUCACUUAACAACACAUAUCCAAUAACUUCCAUCUCUAAAACCACACAAAGGUUCACAAUCCAACCAUCAAGAUUCUUAAACGACAACACCACAUGUGUCACGUCCGAAAUUUCGACACAAGGUCUCCAACUAAACCCUGCCUUACCUUUUAAUAUCACUAGUGGCAAUACUAUCAUGUACCUUAACUGCUCCGAGUCACUUUUAAGGUCACCUUUGAAUUGUACCUCUACAAGUCUUUGUCAUUCGUAUAUAAACAACUCGGUUGAAGCGUCAUCAUGCGGUCGAGCUCCGAUAUGUUGCACGUUUAGGUCGGGUGGGUCGAGUACGAUGUAUUCUAUUCGGGUUAGGGAUGGUGGGUGUCAAGCUUAUAGGAGUUUUGUGAAUUUGGAUUAUUCGUUGCCCGUGAGUCAGUGGCCUAAUCCAGGAGUGGAGAUACAAUGGGUGUCCCCGCCCGAGCCAUUGUGUAACAACCAGACCGAUUGCGAUUUGAGCUCGAGUUGCGGGUUAUCUGGUUCUAGUGGUGUGCGUAGGUGUCUAUGUAACACCGGGCUUCAUUGGGAUGCUAUUGAAGGAGUUUGUGCCUUAGAUGAUACUUGUGAGAACAGAGGAGAUUGCGAUGACUCAAAGCGGACCGCACUUAUUGCAGGAUUGACAUCCGGCCUAGGCUCAGCACUUGUGGCGGUUGUGAUUGGAUUCUUGCUAUACAAACGUCACCGUCGCAACAAAGAAGCCCUAGCACGGCUUGCUCGUGAGCGAGAAGAGAUAUUAAACUCGGGUGGUGGAAAAACUGCUAAAGUCUUCACUGGGAAACAAAUUAAAAAAGCCACAAACAACUUCUCCAAAGAUCGCCUUCUUGGAACAGGAGGAUUUGGGGAAGUGUAUAAAGGCAUUUUAGAAGAUUCCACAGACGUCGCCGUCAAAUGUGCUAAAGUUGGCAACACGAAAGGCACGGAUCAGGUUUUAAACGAGGUCCGAAUCCUUUGCCAAGUAAACCACAGGGGUCUUGUUCGCCUAUUGGGUUGUUGUGUUGAACUCGAACAACCAUUGCUUGUUUAUGAGUACAUCUCAAAUGGUACUCUGUUGGACCAUUUAAAAGGUCAACACAAUGGUGGUUUGACUUGGGCCCAACGGCUAAAUAUAGCCCGAGACACGGCUGAAGGGCUAGCCUACCUCCAUUUCUCCGCGGUUCCACCAAUCUACCACCGUGACGUUAAAUCAAGCAACAUCUUGCUAGAUGAGAAACUAAAUGCAAAGGUUGCGGAUUUUGGGUUGUCCCGUUUGGCAGAAGCGGAUUUGAGCCAUGUGACUACAUGUGCUCAAGGCACGUUAGGGUAUCUGGAUCCUGAAUAUUACAGAAACUAUCAAUUGACUGAUAAGAGUGAUGUUUAUAGCUUUGGAGUCGUUUUGUUGGAGUUAUUGACGUCCCAGAAAGCGAUAGAUUUCAAUAGACCACCAGAUGAUGUGAACUUGGCAAUUUAUGUGAAACGGGUUGUUGCAGAAGAGCGAUUGUUGGACGCGGUCGAUCCAAAUCUCAAGAAGGGUGCAAGCAAGUUAGAGUUGGAGACGAUGAAAGCAUUGGGAUUUCUCGCAGUUGGAUGCUUGGAGGAACGUAGACAAGAUCGGCCUUCGAUGAAAGAAGUUACCGAGGAAAUCGAGUACAUCAUUAGCAUUGCAACAAGUAAAGCUGAAGAAUAAAAAACAUCCAAGUGUUUUUAGUAUCACAAAUGUACCAAAAAAACUAGAAACAAUUAACGGUAUUUUCCAUUUAGGCAUUCCGGGUACCAUUGGUUCCAAGGUUUUGGUGCUAGCUUCUAUAUGGGAUCAUGAAUAUUACUAGUAUAUCUUAUUUC